AUUCAGCUGAUCAGCUCAGUGUCAGUUGUCAGGGGCUGGGAAACCACAACCGCACCGACAUGGACUGCGUUGGUUUGAGUCGGAUAUGCGUUGUUCUUGUUGUCUUUUGGCUACAUGUCGUUACUGGAAGUCCAAUAGUUACUACAACCAUAAACUGUGGUUCACAGUCUCCUGCCAUAAGUUUUGGUCCCGUGGAUGAAGGAUAUUCAGGGGAUGUGGAGCUGGUGGAUGGGAUUGAACCUGGUACAAGUGUGACACUGGAGAGUGACCCUUUUCCUGAACACCUUGAGUUUCUGGAGUUGAACUUCACACUAGGACAGACCACAGCAACUGUUCGCACCAAAAACCCACUCGACACCGAUGUCCCAACUAUGAAUGAUAGAGUCUUGUACUACUCUUUGGUGUGUGGCAAUGCUAAUAAGUACAAAAACUCCCGCAGGCUGAGUAUAAAUGACAUCAAUGAUAACAGCCCAACAUUUGAUCAGAAGUUAUAUGCCCAAAGUAUUUCAGAGAUUCACAUAGUGAACACUGAGGUUCUUCGAGUGAGGGCUGUGGAUGCAGACAGCAGCCCUGAAUUCAACCUCCUGACAUAUUCCUAUGAACCACAAACAGCAGACUUUUCCCUAACAAACUCCGGGGCGUUUAUACUACUGAGACGUCUAAACUACAAUGUAGUCCCAACAUACAAUUUUAUUGUCACUGCCAGGGACAGAGAUGGGAAGAAUGACACAACCUCAGUUGAGAUUACUAUAAAUGACUUUGAUAACUUAAAUCCCUAUUUCAGCCACAGUCUGUACCAGGCUGUUAUUCUGGAGAAUGAGAAUGGAAAUCUCAAUAAAAUAACACCAGAGGCAAUAAAGGCCCAAGAUGGAGACACUGGAAUCAACAUGACUGUAACAUACAGCAUCACUUCAGUCUCUCCUGUCAAGUACCAAAAAAACUUUAAGAUCAACUCUGACACUGGAGUUCUGUCUGUGGUGACAUCCUUUGACAGGGAGGAGAUGGACAGCGCUGUGAUCUCUGUCAACAUCAAGGCAGCCCAGACAGAUGACUCUCUGAAGACCGCUGAUGCUGUUGUGUCAGUCACAGUGGAAGAUGUGAAUGACAACGCUCCAGAGUUUGAUCAGUCUAACUACACAGUAUUCCUUCUGGAAAACUCCCCCGCAGAGACUGUGGUGUUCAAAGCUGUUGUCACUGAUUUGGACCAGGGAGGAUUUGUGGGAACCCUGGAAAUUGUUCCAGAAUCAGCCUCUUUUUCCAUCAGCCCUGAUGGGACGGUCCGAGUGAUAAACCCUGAAACUCUGGACCGAGAAGAAACUGAGACAUUUGUAUUUCAGAUUGAAGCAAAGGAGAAAAAUGUUCCCAACCAAAUUGCAAGAGUUCAAGUCACUAUUAACCUCCAGGAUGAGAACGACAACAGCCCAAUAUUCACCAGCGACAUGUAUGAAGGGAAGGUGUUUGGAAAUCAGACAGUGGGAAUAUUGGUUGUCCAGGUUGAGGCAGAAGAUCUAGAUGAUGGAAGAAACGGGGAGAUCGAAUAUUCCAUUAAUUUCGGGAACAACAAUGGAUACUUCUCCAUCAAUGUUAACACGGGAGAGAUCAGUCUAGCUAAAACCAUUCCACUGGAGGAAAACAGAGUGUUGGAGUUCCCUCUCUACAUCACAGCCAGAGACGGAGGUAGAAUAUCCCGUUCCACCUCAGCACAGGCGAUCAUUCGUGCUCCUGGUAACUCAAAGCCUCAGUUUCUACAAAAACUCUACCAAGGCACUGUAGAAGAGGAACAGGAUCCAGGAGCUCUGAUUCUGAAGGUGAACUUCCUUACAAUACCUUCUGAUUCAGUGACCCUUGAAGUUGUAAAAGAAGCCGACAAGUUCUCCAUCUCCCCCACUGGUGAAGUCAAAACCAAAGUGAAGCUUGAUCAUGAUGAUGCCCCACACAACUACUCAGUGGAAAUCUCCAUCAGUGAUGGUGCCACUAGUGACACUGCAGUCGUGGAGGUUCAAGUCACCGACAUCAACGACAACAGUCCUGUUUUUGCCUCCAGUUCUGUCACAAAGUCUGUCCCAGAGGACGCUAAGGUGGGGUCCAACAUUACGGGCGUUGCAGCCACAGACAAAGACAGCGGCUUUAACAAGGAGAUCAGAUACUCCCUGAGAGGAGGAGAGGGAAGGUUCUUCAUUGACCCUGUGUUUGGGAUGGUAAGUUUGGCUGCUGGGCUCGACAGGGAGACCACAGCAGAGUAUGAGCUGCUAGUGAUGGCUGAAGAUCAAGGUCGUCCUGCCAGGUCUGCCACGGCCACGCUGCUGCUCCAAGUAACUGAUAUCAAUGAUAACAUCCCAAAGUUCUCUAAGGCAGAGUAUCAGCUAGAAGUCUUAGAAACAGAGUCAGUGGGUACAAGCCUUCUCACAUUAUCAGCUGAGGAUCCAGAUGAAGCAGCAAAUGGGAGAGUCACUUACAGUAUUUCCCAGCAAAGCCCUUCAUCUGAGCCUGCAGUUUUUGAGUUGGAGGCCUCCAGCGGGAUCUUGAAGCUUGUCCAACCUCUGAACUACAGCGACGUCAAAGUGUUCAUUCUGAAUGUUCAGGCCUCAGAUGGGGGGACUCCCUCGCUGGUUGGAAAUGGUUCUGUGGUGGUGAAGGUCAAGGAUUUCAACAAUAACCCUCCUAAGUUCAGUAAGGAAAGCUAUGAUGUGGUGGUCUAUGAGAACCUGGCCAGUGGUGCAUCCAUUAUCACACUGGAGGUCACGGACACAGAUGAGGAUGGAUUCUCCAAUGGUCACUUCAUCUACAUCAGUGAUACUUUUGAUAUUACCAAUCAAGGGGUUGUCUCGCUGAAAAAAGACACAACUUUGGACAGAGAGACACAGGACAAUUACAUAUUACAGGUUGUAGCUGUUGAUCAGGCCGCAGACGGUCUUAGCGCCACAGCUCAGCUCAACAUCACUGUCUUGGACUACAACGACAACACCCCACAGUUUCCGAGCAUCCCCUACCCAUUGCAGUUCCCUGAGGGCGAAUAUUCAAAGGAAAAACCAGGAGAAAUUUUCACCAUCCUGCCCACAGACGCAGACAUCGAUCUCAAUGGAGAGGUCACUCUGUCCCUCUCCUCCCCUCACCCCUUCUUCAGUUUCAGAGAGGAUGGGAUGUUGUUGGCUGUUGGUCCCUUGGAUCGGGAGAGCACAGAAGUGUAUGACCUGGUUCUUAAGGCUUCAGACAAAGGCAGCCCACAGAGAGAGAACAUCACCACCAUCAGAGUGAGCCUCACAGACGUCAACGACAACAGGCCUGAGUUCAGCUCCAGCAUCUAUGACAGAAGCAUCCUGCUGAAAGAUGCAGAGACGGGGAUGCUGCUGUUGACCCUGAGAGCCACCGACCAAGACGCCGGGAACAACUCGCUCAUCACUUACAGUUUCUUUGAAGAAGAAUCGCCGUAUUUGGCUUUGAACAGCAAUACAGGAGAGGUUACACUGACCUUUGACCUUGCUAAUGUAACAGAAGACACCCAACUCUCACUGACAGCUGUGGCCACAGAUCAUGGCAGCCCUCCACUCAACACCACAGCUCAUGUGGUGGUGAAUAUAAGGGUUGCCAGUCUGGUAGAAGGCGUGGCCUUUCAGAGCUUUUCCUACAACUUCAGCCUGCCAGAGAACAAUCUGACAGGGGCCACCGUGGGGCAGGUCCUUGCCUCCUCAGGAAGCAACCUGUACGAGGUCUCCUAUUCACUAAAAACACACACAGACCUGUUCUCCAUCAACAGCGAUGGUGCUAUCAUGACCACAAAGGAGCUGGACAAGGAGCAGCAGGAGUGGUACAUCUUGGAUGUAGAGGCUGUGGACACACGGACACCCCCUACAUCAGCAGUGGCGCUGGUCAGAAUUCAGGUGGAAGAUGUAAAUGAGUCUCCAGAGUUCUCCUCAAAGGAUUAUGAAGCCUCCGUGUUCAUGAUCGCCGCAUACAAAACUCCAGUCAUCCAAGUCAAGGCCUUGGACCCUGAUGUUGGAGACAGUAGUGGGCUGGUCUACAGUCUGUCAGAUAGCUCCUCUUUUGAUGUGGAACCAGCCUCAGGUCUGGUGUAUGUGGUGUCAGCAGCCGAUCUGGGUGGAAAAACAGUUCCCCUGGAGGUGAAGGCUACAGAUGGCCAAGGACUUUAUGCCACAGCCACAGUAAAAGUUAUAGUUGAGGACAGUGCAAGCAGCAGCGACGUGACGAUCAUCUCUCUAAAUCAGCUGGCUAAUGUUGUAGAGAGCAAAGUUUCAAAGCUUGAAGAAUCUUUAGGAAAAGUUCUAGGCUGGGUGGUGAACAUAAUCCAGGUGUGGAGCUCUGUUGGAGAAGAAACCCGAAUGUUGAGAGCAUCUGUUAGGACUAUGGUCAGCUUUGUCGCUCAUGAUAAAGGGGAAGCCAUUUCCGCUGAGGAAGUCAGAAAAAAACUGCAGAGUGCAUCUAAUGACGUGAAGGCGGAACUGGUCCUGUUGUUUGGGGACGGAGUUCAUUUUGAUGUAGAGACCGGAUCUCCAAGCUCCACCUCAGACCAGGUUGCAGUCAUUGUUCUGGGGAUUUUGUUGGCUGUGACCGUCCUCGGACUGAUUGUUGCUGUGGUGUUUGUCGUCAGGUUCAAGAGGAAUGGGAAGCGUAAGGAAUCUGACAAAGAGAGCUUUGACAUAGACAGCCAAGCUGACGGUUUCACGAACAUGAAUUUCAAUAAAAACCAUAAAUCAUCUCAGCAGCUUUCCAGGAAUCCAUAUAACAGCACAGCAGAGGACAGAGAAAAGGCUCAGUGGGACAAACGGGAUGGUGAGCAGCAGACAUCAAAGAAGGACAGUCCAAGAUUUAGAGAGCACAAAAACAGCGAGAGUGUUGAAAGUCAUAUUUCUGCUCUCUGAUGUGAGCAUCAGAACUCUCUGUCAAGCUUUAAGCACACCACCGCCAUAAUAAUUUUAGACAAUUUCAUUUUUUAAUGACCUGUGUGACUUUAAUAUAUCCACAUUUAUUUAUCAAGUUAAGACAAAUCUCCAAGAAAGUCUCUAGAGAAUUAUUGUAUGGGGAGUUUCCUGGCCACAGACCCAAAAUAUCAAUGUUCUGAUUCUUGAGCCACAGUUAUCUUGUACCAUGGUGCUGGAAAAAUAGCACUGUCCAUCACCAAAUUACUCCAGGGACGACAAAGUUCCAGAGCAACUUUUAGAACUGUGGGGAAUAAAAAUAACACAUCAAAAACCAAUCAAAUGUUCUCAGUUUGAAUAAUAUUCAAAAAUAACUGUCAGGUAUGUUAAAGAAUAGAAAUCUGGAUAAUUGGAAAACAGGCAUUUUUUAAUGUUUUGUGAAUAUUUUGACUCCGUAGAAGGUUGGAAAUCAAGAAACCAUGUUAUUUAAGGUGGAGAACAUUGACAAACUACCGCAAUUUAAAGGAAUGUUAAGUCAUUUGUUCAUGUUCAAUUGUAAUAAUUUAUUUGUUGCUUUGUAACUGCACUAUAUGGGUGUAGUAUGAAUAGCAUCCACAAGCUUUUCAAAUUUUUCACAUCAAGAAUAUGAAAUGCAAAAUUUACCUGCUGCAGAAGUCGACUAAUAUCUUAUAUGUCCCGCCUCUGGGGUGGGCUUUUUGAUGUUGUACAUAAUCUAAAAAAUUUUCAAUAAAAAUACUCCUGGGAACUGA